AUGGACAAGAUCCGCUCUCCAAUGGGAGUUAAUAGCCCAAGAGGGCUACAGCGUGAGGGAUGGCAGAGCUCAAUUAAGAUCCAGCCUAGUGUCCAGCUGAUGGUCCUCUUCGCCAGAGGAGACUGGGGAAAGCGGGAUUCAGUCUCUGUGGAACUGGCUGAUGAGAGGAACAUACCCAUUAAUAUGGGAAAACUAACACCAUUCAAUAAAUGUCUGUCGUGGGAAUCUGGUGAGGAUGGUGUCUGGUCCAGUGGAGCAACCUUAACUGUAAAACUCAUUGGGGGUACUACAGAGUUGUUGGAUCCGGGGCUGACUCUUUCACAGAUGGAAUGCACUCCAGAGUGCAUUCAUGCAGUACCUGCAUUAAGAGAGUGUCCAGGCAAGAGGAAGCGAUCUCAGGGAGAGGAGGAGGAGGAAGUUAAUGAAGGUAGAGGCAAGGAGAACAUCUGCCCUAAUGCCUCUGAAAAGGUGACACCUCAAAGACGGAGCAAGAACAAUCAUCAUGGAGGUCAGACACGUCUCUUCUCACAAAAGGAGGAACAUACUGCAACUUCCAGUUCUCAGAGCCACAAAGCUAAAGGCAAGCAGGCCAAAACCCCCUCACAAACUGCUCCACUGGACAAGCCGUCAGGUCGUUGGGGUCAAACUCUCUGUCCCAUUGAUCCUCAGACAGCGAUUUUGAUUGGAGGACAAGGUGCCAGAAUGCAGUUCUGCAAAGACCCCAUUUGGAAACUGUGCACAGAGGAUCUUUCUUGGGUACCUGCUGAAACCCUUGCAGAAGGACCCACCCCUGAGGCCCGCAUUGGUCACACAGCGACCUAUGACCCGGAAUCUAAGCGUAUCUUUGUGUUUGGUGGCUCAAAGCAUAAGAAAUGGUUUAAUGAUGUUCACAUCUUAGACACACAAACCUGGCGUUGGACUUUGGUUGAGGCGCAGGGAAAAGUGCCUCCCCUGGCCUACCACAGCUGCAGUAUGUUCCGAGGAGAGCUCUUUGUGUUUGGAGGAGUGUUUCCUCGCCCACACCCAGAACCAGAUGGCUGCAGUGACUCCAUCUACAUCUUUAACCCUGAAAUGGCCAUCUGGUAUCAACCUAUUGUCAAUGGAGAGAAGCCUGCGCCACGCUCUGGGCACUCAGCAUGUGUGAUGCAGGGCAGGAUCUUUGUUUUUGGAGGAUGGGACACCCCUGUAUGCUUCAAUGACAUGUUCGUGCUAGACCUUGGCCUGAUGGAGUUUUCUGUUGUGAAGGCAAGUGGAACAGCCCCGUCUCCCAGAAGCUGGCAUGGCUGUGCGGUUCUUUCAGACUGCAGCUUCCUGAUCCAUGGGGGCUACAAUGGGAACAACGCACUGAGUGAUGCAUUCGUCUUCAACACGGACACUAGUUGCUGGUCCUCUCUAGCUUUUCCCCAGCUCAAUUCUGUACCCCGAGCUGGACAUUCCAUCAUUACCAUGCCCACAACAUGCAAACAGGGAUGUACAGAUGAACAAGAGGAACUUCCAGAGUCAGCCCCACAAACACUUCUAGUUUUUGGUGGUGGUGACAACGAAGGGAGCUUCUUCUCUGACCUUUUCACUAUGCCAGUAGAGGAGCUAAGAGACUAAACAUUUGAUCAAGAUUUGGUUUUUGUAUGUGUGUGGAUUGAUGUUUGUUUAUUUAAAGAGGUAUAUUACACUUUCACUCAGGUAUUUGCAUUAUGUCCUCAUUUAUUAAGAGUGGACUGUUUCCUAAAGAAGAGAAGUAGUUAAUCGAAGUAUUAUUUACUUACCCUAGAGUGGUUUUGAAUCUGUAUUCUGUUCUUCAAUAGAACAUCAAAGAACAAAUAUAAAAGUCAUCACAGCUUUUUUUCUUUCUAAGAAGUCCAUAGUGACCAUGACUGCCAAAUCCAAUAUGCCAAGUCCAUUUGUGUUGUUAUAUUGCACGUCUUCUAAAGCCAUAAAAUAGCUGUUGACAAACAGACCUAAAAAAUUGCUAUGAUAGCUGUUAGUUUAUCAGAUUUGUUUAACAUCAUGACAUCAAUUCUGAUUUAUUAAGAACUACGAUGAUUGUUUUUUUUUUUGUUGUGAAAACCUAAACUCUAAUUUUGUUUCUCACAGAAAGUGCUCUUGUGUAGUGUAAAGAUUCUUCAGAAAUUCUCAUUUUGUGCUCCACAACAAUUAACAGCAGUUGUUUAUGGAUUUACAUAAGGAUGAGUAAACAAUGACAGGUUUUUAAUUUUGGGUUGAACGAUUCCUUUAUCUGUCAAAGAGGGAGAGUCACUUUGUGAUUCACACACCCUCAAGAUUUGAUCUGUGAAAGCUUGGUGAUGUCUGUUUUGUGUAUAACGUUACAUGCCUAGUUUUAGACUAAGAUUUUUUUGUUUGUUCUUUUUAAAUGGCUGUAAAUGUAUUCAUACGGUGUAUAAUUCUAUCUGUAAAUACUGUUGCAGCAGGCCUGUUCAAAAUU